AUGAAGGAAACAGAGCUGGUUCAAGGUCGGUUCUCAACAUUGAGGAACUUUAACAUAGGUAACAAAAUUGUGCUUGUGAAAGCAUUUUCGUGUCCACAGCCGAUUGCAGACGCCGAAAAGAAUAUACUCCGACAAUGCGCAGAAUCUGAAGGGGCCAAAAACAUUGUCAAGAUUUAUGACGCUUUUCCUGCAAAAGGCGUCACAAUGAUCUUGGAAUAUUGCGAGGAAGGCAACCUGAACCAAUAUGUGAGUAAACGUUUAUUCAUGAAGAAACCUCCGAAUGCAGCCGACUGUCGUUCUUUAAUGACCGACAUUGCCAGUGGUUUGCAGUUUCUUCACAACAUUGAUAUCAUACACGCCAACCUACUGCCAGAAAACAUCCUUGUGACGUCAUACAGUAAACCUGUUUAUAAAAUAGGAGGAUUUGGAUCGGCAGCUCGUCGCAAGGCCAGGAGAAAUAACAGGAGAGUUGAGGAACAUGGUGGGUUAGAUGCGACUGAAGACUCUUGUUUUUUGCCCCCUGAAGGGGCUCUGGACAAGAAAAGUGAUAUUUUCUCCCUUGGAGCUGUCACCUAUGCUUUAUGGAGUCCGCAAUUUGUCAACGACAAACUAGUUGCCUACUAUGGUGGACGUCAUCUGGCCAAGAUGGCAGGGCAAAUAGACCUCCGUCACAUCACUGACCAGAGACUGCGAGACAUCAUCAAUGAAGCCUUAAAAGGAGAUAUAUUUGGACGCCCAACAGCAGAACAACCGAUUGCAGACGCCGAAAAGAAUAUACUCCGACAAUGCGCAGAAUCUGAAGGGGCCAAAAACAUUGUCAAGAUUUAUGACGCUUUUCCUGCAAAAGGCGUCACAAUGAUCUUGGAAUAUUGCGAGGAAGGCAACCUGAACCAAUAUGUGAGUAAACGUUUAUUCAUGAAGAAACCUCCGAAUGCAGCCGACUGUCGUUCUUUAAUGACUGACAUUGCCAGUGGUUUGCAGUUUCUUCACAACAUUGAUAUCAUACACGCCAACCUACUGCCAGAAAACAUCCUUGUGACGUCAUACAGUAAACCUGUUUAUAAAAUAGGAGGAUUUGGAUCGGCAGCUCGUCGCAAGGCCAGGAGAAAUAACAGGAGAGUUGAGGAACAUGGUGGGUUAGAUGCGACUGAAGACUCUUGUUUUUUGCCCCCUGAAGGGGCUCUGGACAAGAAAAGUGAUAUUUUCUCCCUUGGAGCUGUCACCUAUGCUUUAUGGAGUCCGCAAUUUGUCAACGACAAACUAGUUGCCUACUAUGGUGGACGUCAUCUGGCCAAGAUGGCAGGGCAAAUAGACCUCCGUCACAUCACUGACCAGAGACUGCGAGACAUCAUCAAUGAAGCCUUAAAAGGAGAUAUAUUUGGACGCCCAACAGCAGAACAAGUGAUUCUGGCCCUUCUCGAUUUGGAUCCCACGCUAAGUAAUUGA